UAAUUAUAAAAAGGUGGGAAGCUACAAAGAAACCACUAGGAGUGUACUUUUUGGGACAUUCCAAGAUAACCCCAAAAAUAGAAAAAAACCAACAAAGGGUUUUUCAUGCUCUUGAUCACAUCAUUCUUCAAUGGCUCGGCCGUCAUGGUUAGUUGACAGUAGGAGAAUUGCAACAAAAAUUAAGAGUGCGUCAGGUGAUCCUGGAGCAGUGAAUUGGAAGAGCAACCCCACAAAAGCUUGCCCUAACUGCCAGUUUAUCAUCGACAAUAAUGACGUUAGCAAUGACUGGCCAGGAUUACCAAGAGGUGUAAAAUUUGAUCCAACUGAUCAAGAGAUUAUCUGGCACUUACUUGGAAAAGUUGAAGUUGGCAAUCGAAGUUCCCAUCCUUUUAUUGAUGAGUUCAUUCCAACUGUUGAUGAAGAUGAUGGAAUCUGCUAUACGCAUCCUCAAAAUUUACCAGGUGUCAAGCAGGAUGGAAGUGUCUCGCACUUCUUUCACCGAGCAAUUAAGGCUUAUAAUACAGGAACGCGUAAGCGUAGGAAAAUACAUGGUGAUAAUUUCGGCGAUGUCCGUUGGCAUAAGACCGGUCGGACAAAACCUGUUAUCUUGGAUGGAAUUCAAAGAGGGUGUAAGAAGAUUAUGGUUCUUUAUGUAAGCCCAGUUAAGGGCGGGAAAGCCGAGAAGACAAAUUGGGUGAUGCACCAAUAUCACCUAGGAACUGGGGAAGAUGAAAGGGAAGGGGAAUAUGUCAUGUCUAAAGUAUUUUAUCAGCAGCAGCAGCAGGUCAAGCAAGGUGAUAAAAUUGAACAAGAAUUGCCCGAAGACGCUGACUAUCUGGUUGCUAAGGUUGAUCCACAUACCCCCAAGUCUGUGACUCCCGAACCCCCUCGCGGUGAGAGGAUAUCUUCAAGUAUGGAUGCAAGACAGCAAAUUGCCGCUUCUAGCAUCAGUCCCACUACCCAGUAUCACGACGUGGAUUACACAGAAGAUGACAUGGGAGCUCUUCCUGAUCAGACCGAGAAUCAAGAUCAAAUCAUAGAGAACCAAAUUGAUGAAGCUGGGACGAUAGUUGAUAACGAGACUGGUGAUGACCCGAAAUGGUGGGAUAGCGAGUCACAGUAUUUGCUAGAUUCUCAGCAACUUGUAGAAGGGCUAUCCUUAUGUGAUGAUCUUCUGGCGAGCCAAUCUCCAAAUAGGGAUGGAAAUGAAAAUGACAAAGAGAAGAAGUGUAAACCUAGUCUUGCUGAUUAUGCUAAAUUAGGACCAGAGGAUCUGAAAAAGGAUUUGGAGGACUGCCAACAUUUGGUUCUUGAUCCAGCCAACAUAGACAUGGACACGCCACCUGAUUUUCGACUUAGUCAACUUGAGUUUGGAUCACAGGACAGUUACAUUGCCUGGGGCGGAAGCAAGUUUGGUUUUGAUUCAGGGGAGCAUGUUGGUUAGGAGAAGUUGUCGAGACUGCUAAUCGUUGUUGUUGUGGUUGAACUAUGUCUGCUGCAGGUUAAUGGAAAUCAACUUAUUAAUCUUGUAACCAAUGCCCUAAAGGGACCUAAGGCUUUUUUGUGAUGCGCAGUUCAUUACUGAUCUGGUAGCUUACUUAACUUUGUACAUAAAUGUUUAUGACUUGCCUGCUUAGUUACUUUGUGGUUGUUACAACUCUGCUUUUUCUACCUUGUGCUUCAUCAUUUGCCAUAUGACUUGUAUUAAAUCCUUAAACAUAUGUUUGCACUUAAUGUAGGAUAUGCAAAAGAUCAUAUAUUUUCACAUUUCAGGCU